UAAGCUAGCUCGAUUCCAAAAUCCUAUUUUAUUUUUUAAGUUAAAGUUAAUUUUAAACCCAUUUUUCACAAUAUCCACUCUUUAAUAUGGUUGUCAAAUAUUAAAGGACAACUGUUCUCCAAUAAGUUUAUCGACAACUACCGCUCCGCUCCACCUCGGCAGCCGGUGUCUUCUCUGGCGACAUUGCCCGCUCGCCAGCAGACACAAGAGCAAGACGACGCUUUUGCUCAAAGUGUGCAUUUCGAGGACACAAAUCCACAGACAUGUCACAUCAAGCAGCAGCGCUCUCAGCAAGGCUGAAGUGACAGCCAAAGCUGUAAGCCAGACCUCGCAUGGCGGUUGUUGGCGUGACCUCAGGAUGCAGAGACAGGAAACAACAUGCAGCUUUCUUUGCGAAGGAAGCAGACCAUGGCGAGGAACUUGGUGACCUCUUUCAGGCAGUGGACGAAGCUGCAGGAUCAAUGGAUGAGAAGAUGUUUGGCCACCAAACAGCACUGCAUCAAGCAGCUGUGAUGGGAAACAGUGACGCCAUCUCUGUUCUCAUUCAAGGCGGCUGUGCUUUGGGCCUUCAAAACAAAAACGGAAACACGGCUCUGCAUGAGGCGUCGUGGCACGGUUUCUUCCAGUGUGUCAAACUGCUGGUCAAGGCUGGAGCUGAUGUAAAUAUCAGCAACAAGGCGGGACACACGGCUCUUCAUCUGGCCAGUCAGAACGCUCACGCUCAGACUGCUCGCCUUCUGCUUGUCGGUGGCGCCAAAGCGGACAGCAAGAACAAUGAGGGCGACACUUGUUUGCACGUGGCUGCUCGCUACAACAACGCGACGCUCGUGAGAAUGCUGCUCAGCUCCUUGUGCUCCGUCGACCAGAGGAACCAGAAAGGUGACACGGCGCUACAUGUGGCUGCUGCGCUCAACCACAAGAAGACAGUUAAACUUUUAUUGAACUCCGGCUCAGCUGGAAACAUCACAAACAACGAGGGUAAGACAGCGUUGGACAAAGCCAGAGACAACAACCACAAACAUGUUGCACUUUUGUUGGCCAGAGAUCCUCAGGUACAAAAGCACCUGCAAGGAAGGAAGGAUAGACGAGUAUUCACAGCUAAGUUCAGGACAGUUCCAGUCGCCACAAAAAAGGAAAGCUCUUCAUUGGUGGAAACAUCCAGCAGUGAUCCAACAGAGAGGAAAACAUUGAAGGAAGAUCAUGUAGAAAACUAUGUGACAUCAUGGAACAUCAUCAACCCUGAAAGAGGCAACGAGAAGGGUCUCCACUUGAAGAAGAAUCCAGUCAUUGAAGACAAGCUAUGGACUAACUACAGAAACAUUUCUUACACAGUAUACCGUGACAAGGACGGAAUCGUUCAACAGGCACCGAGUGGAGGCUGUCCCUGCAGGCCUUUGAUAAAGAAGCUGGAGCAGCAAGUGAAAGCCACUCGAGAAGAGAUGAGACUGCAAAUGUUUAGGAUGCAGAAGGUUGACAACAAGCUGUGUGAGAUGGACCUCAGGAACAAACAUCAGAUUUUGUCGCACAAAAAACAUCGGAGUUGUGUCAAGCAGGCGCCAACAAGGCGGGAGUUGAAGAGGCGGCCCACGGCCCAGGUUGAAGUCAAAAGCCUGGGCUACAAGCUGCUGUCCUCACCCCCCGCGGAGUCGGACAGCGAGCGGCAAUCCAUCCCCUUGCUGUCGGUGGUAUCUGCAGGCAGCAGCUCUUCAUUGGCCACUUAUGUCAACAUUCCUCCACCCACCUGCAGUCUGAACGCAGUCCAACAGGAUUUGACUGGCAGUGACAAGUACUUGCAAAUGAAAGAAAACGGGUCACUUGAUGAUGACCAGAACACAGCCUUCUUGUCGCUGCCUGGUCGCCAUGCUUUAGGAUUCCUCGUGGGCUCCGAUGACCCCGGCAGCCAGAGUCCAGGAGUGCGGGACGGGCACACGCCGGUGCUACUGUGUGGUCAGGGCUUCGUAAACACCAGUAGUCAGUCCAGCGCAAGCGAGCCCUCAAGUGCCCGGUGUCAAGGAAAAAUUGGAGAAGAAUCGCAUGAACCCACGUGUGCACGGACGCAAGCGACCCAGAGCAGAACAAUGGAGUUCUUCAUCGAGCCUCCAUUGGAGCCAACAUUCUGCCAGGAGAGAAACACCCUACACGCUAUGGAGGUCACGCAACGUUUCUUUGAGACGGUGUCUGUUCAGUUGGAGCGUUGGUAUGAGAGGAAGGUCCUGGAAGUGGAGGAGCAGACGAAGCUCAGAGUGCAGCAGGACAAACAGGAACUACUCGACCAAAUCAACACGUUGGAGGAGGAGCUCCGGAGAAUGAAAAUGGACGAGAAGGCUGGGAAAACAUAAAUGAAAACAAGGACUGUGUUGCUUAGCGAGUCUUGACAGGCUUCACCCACAUCUUAAGGAAUAACCAAAAAUCUUUUGCCUCAACACCGAGUAGCGCGGACCUCAACUUCCGAGUAUUUUUAGAUAUACGAAAAGACUAAAGCUGUUAAGCUUUUAGUUGCGAUCAUAUAUUUGAGUUAUGAGCCUCCACCCGUUAGUUGGCGUUACGAUUGUCAGAAUGAACCAUGUAAAACAUCUGGUCUUACUUGCUAGCAUUAGCUUAUAUUUACAUAUGGGUGUCACGGGGGAGGGGUACUUUUUUUUGGUACCGACCGAAUCCCAAUUCACCAAUUUGUGAAAAAUCCAACGGUGCCAUACUACGGUACCUUGGUGAUCACUCCAGCAGCACUGACACUACCUCUAAGUAAGGAUGCCAUUUUCAAUGCCAACAAAGCGGUUGACUCAAAAAAAAAAAAGCUAGCCAAAAAUGCGCUAGCGUUAUGCUAAUAUACAACAGCUUUGCUAUUGACAUGCUACUGAUUAGCUUUAGCGAUUUUACAUGGCAAUUUCAACAUCUCCAAAUUUGUUAAUGAAAACUACAACUAAAAUGCACGUUACAAUCAAACAGCUGGUGCAUAAUAAGUAGAAUACUUGCAGUAUGAACACUUUUUAAGGAAACAAAAAGACUAUAUUUGCAAAGACUGAACUGACCAGGCAUCACACCAUAAAUUAUGCACCAUCUAACGCAGGGGUGGGCAAUUAAUUUUUACCGGGGGCCGCAUAAGCAACCCGAGCACUGCUGGAGGGCCACACCGACAAUAUUUCAAUUAAAUUUUGCUCAAUAUUAUUUUUGAUAUACCGUAAGAUAAAUAAUAAAGAUAAUAAUAAUAAUAAUAAUUUCAUUUAACCUAACUUAACUUUAUACAAAAGCAGAUGGCUUUUGAUGGUUUUAUUUUUAACACUGUCUUACACAACACUUCCUGAUGUAUAAUACAAUGCAAAAAUGUCCAUUUCUGCACAGGGUUCAUUUCUGUCACUUUAUCCUGCAUUAUUCAACAUUUUUCCCCGUCAGAUUUGGACAACCAUCUGUUGUUAAAAAUCGUUUUUAAUCAUAUUUAUUUUAUAUUGUUUUUUUAUAUUGGUUUUAUAUGUAAUUAUUUUUUGUUUUUAUUCAGUCAUUGGUGGAGCUAAGGAUAAUAUUUGAAUAUUGUUUUUAAUAUUGUUGUGCAGCACUUUGGAAUCAUUUUGUUGUUUAUAAUAAUAAUAAUAAUACCUGGGAUUUA